UUGAGAUAAUGGAUUGUCAUUAACUGCUCUACCAGCUUUCAAUUUCGAUUUGUUUGGUUUUGGAUGCCGGAUAAGCUUUUAUAUCUAGUUUUGUGUCAGUAUUUAGUCAACCUAAAAAACCACUGCCAUUGUAUUAAGUUGAUCAUUCUUUUGUACCAAUUAUUUGGGUAUUUCAGAAGCAAAUAGAGCCACCGAAUCGAUCUACUUCAAGAAUGGAGAAGAAAUUUGACAGGCUUAGCAACUUACCUUUUGAUGUUCUAGAACAAAUUUUGUCAUGUUUGCCCAUUAAGGAUGCAGUGAAAACGAGUGUUUUAUCAAGCAACUGGAGGUACAAAACGGCUACGCUUCCAAAUCUUGUGUUUGAUGAUCAUUGUAUCUCUGGUGAAUUCUUAUCUGUUAAUUCAUCGACCAUUGUCAAUAUUGUUGAUCACGUACUUUCUUCUCACAUUGGUCCCAUACACAAGUUCAGGAUUUCCCAUCCCCAUCUUCAAGCCAGCCAUGAUAUUGAUAGAUGGAUUCUUCAUCUAUCAACAAAGUCUAUCAGGGAGUUCAGUCUUGAAAUCUUGACAUGGCGCCCCUACAGUAUCCCUCCAUGUCUGUUUUCGUGUCAAGAUAUUGUUCAUCUAGAGUUGUAUCAUUGUUUGCUAAAACUACCAAGCAAAUUCAAAGGUUUUGAGAAUUUGAAGAGCAUGGACAUUCAGCGUGUUCGCCUCUCCCGCCGUGUUCUUGAAAAGCUAAUUAUUCGGUGUCCACUACUUGAGAGAUUGACACUGGCAAACUGUGAUGGUUUCAGCCAUUUCAAGAUUAAUGCACCGAAUCUCCGGAUACUUGACCUUGAAGGUAAAUUUGAGGAUUUCAUUCUCGAAAAUACCUCAAAUCUGGCUGAGGUUUGCAUUGAUUUGGACUUCAAGGCUAACCAAAAACAGAUUCUCGACUGUAAUUCUAGCAAUUUGCUCAAAUUUUUUGCUGACUUGCCUAAUAUUAGAAAGCUCAGAGUUCAGAAUCAGUUUAUAAAGUAUCUGGCUGUUGGUCCUCUACCAGAAAAGUUGCCUGAACCAUGUCGGUAUCUUGAAUUUCUUUCUGUAUGCGUAAGCUUCAGUGAUUUGGAUGAGAUUCUAACUCUUCUAGGCCUUUUGAGAAGCUCCCCUGCACUAAAAGAACUAGAAAUUUUGGUCUGCAAAGAAGAUAACGCUGGUGGGGGAGAAAUGUAUUCUGGGCUACAUGACAAUGUGAGUUGUCAAUUCACCCAACUGCAACUUGUUAAAAUAACAGGCAUCUCUGUCAAAGCUGAAUUAGAUUUCAUCAAAUUUCUGCUUUUAAGUUCACCUGUGCUUAAGACGAUGACUGUUACGCCUACUUCUGUGAAUGAUUUUCUGGAACUAGUUGGAGAGUUGCUCGGGUUUAGGUGUGCCUCAGCGAGUGCCAAUAUAAUCUACUUAGAGCCAUGACCUCAUCAAUGAG